GGAGGGCGGAAAUGCUGACGAAAAAAAAAACAAAAUGGUGGCGCCGAGUUAAAAACAAAACAUCGGUAGAAGAAACAGAAGCGAGACGACACUUGGGAAAUGAGACCAGUUUGCUGGAUGUUUAGUACUGCUGCGUCGAACACAUCUACAUGAUAAUGUGAACUUGAGGAGUUUUCAAAGGAUCUUUGAAAAAAAAAACGCGUCAUCAUCGCAAAACGGCGAAGCAGUGCCUAUUUCUCAACGCAUACAGCGAGGACGCCAGUAGAACUCAUCAUCGGGGUUCAUCCGUAACCAGCAGUGAUGGCAGACCCCAGUGCAGACUCCACCCCCUUCUUCUCUGAUGAUGUGGAGGGGGACGAGUCUGGUGAGGCAGGGCCGGAGUCUGAAAGUCCACAGGAGGAGGAGCCAGCCAGUGGAGUGUCCAAUUGCAGGGCAAAGCUGACUGUGGGAGUCCUCUGUUUAAUCAACCUGCUCAACUACAUGGACCGUUUUACAGUAGCAGGUGUACUUCCAGAUAUUGAGAAGUACUUCAGCAUCAAUGAUGGGACCUCAGGCUUACUCCAGACAGUGUUCAUUUGCAGCUACAUGUUCCUGGCUCCUUUGUUUGGUUACCUUGGUGACCGCUACAACAGGAAGAUCAUCAUGUGUGUGGGCAUCAGCUUCUGGUCUGUAGUGACCUUCGCCAGCUCUUACACACCUAAAGACCAUUUCUGGGCUCUGUUGGUGACGCGGGGCCUGGUGGGUGUUGGGGAGGCCAGUUACUCCACCAUCGCCCCCACCAUCAUCGCCGACCUCUUCGUCAAGGAGAAGAGAACCUCCAUGCUGACAGUCUUCUGCUUAGCCAUACCUGUGGGCGGUGGUCUAGGUUACAUAGUGGGGUCAAAGGUCGAUGACCUCGCAGGAGAUUGGCACUGGGCACUACGGGUGACUCCUGUGUUGGGACUGGUGGCGGUGUUCCUGCUGGUCUUCGUGGUCCAGGAGCCCAAUCGUGGGGCCAUUGAGGCUCAUCCUGAACACACACUCCACCGGACCAGUUGGCUCGCUGACAUGCAGGCUCUCUGCAAGAAUCCUAGUUUCAUGUUGUCCACGUGUGGCUUCACGGCGGUGGCGUUCGUGACGGGCUCGCUGGCUCUGUGGGCUCCCGCCUUCCUCUUCAGGGCCGCCGUCUUCAACGGGGAGAGAGAGCCCUGCAGCGGCGACUCCUGCAGCAACACCGACAGCCUGUACUUCGGCAUCAUCACGUGUGUUACGGGCAUCCUGGGGGUGGCCAGUGGCGUGGAGGUGAGUCGCCGUCUAAAGCGCUGGACACCGCGAGCCGACCCGCUGGUCUGCGCCUUCGGACUCCUGAUGGCCGCGCCCUUCCUGUAUCUGUCCAUCGUCUUCGCUCAGGCCAGCACCGUCGCCACCUACGUGUUCAUCUUCCUGGGGGAGACCUUCCUGUCCAUGAACUGGGCCAUCGUAGCCGACAUCCUACUGUAUGUGGUGGUGCCAACGCGGCGGUCCACUGCCGAGGCCUUCCAGAUCGUUCUCUCUCACCUGCUGGGGGAUGCAGGGAGCCCCUACCUCAUAGGAGUGGUGUCGGACUCUCUGAAGAGGGAGGAGUCCUACAUGUGGGCGUUCCGGUCGCUGCAGCUCUCUCUGCUGAUUUGCUCAUUCAUCGCUGUUGGGGGCGGAGCCUUCUUCCUGGCCACCGCCGUCUUCAUUGAAAAGGACCGCCUCCUGGCCGAGAACUACACCCCCUCCGAUGAUGCACCAAUUGUUGUUCCCAAAAGAGGUAGAUCCACCAAAGUCCCCGUGUCCAGCGUGCUGAUUUGACGAGGGGAGUGAUGUGGGCGGGUCCGUCUCCUCUGAGAGAGCCGAAUCCUCAUUGGAGCGUUUGACGGACCCCUGGACCGCUCAGCCAAUCGGAAGGGAGUGUUUGUUGUGGCAGCCACCUGAUUGGACGGUUUUCCCGCCAGGGGCGUGUGCUGGCUGUGUCCACACCACCAGGGGGCGCUACACUGGUGACUCAUGGGAAAUCUCCCACUCGGCCAGUGAGGUGCGCGUGUGCGUGUGUGUGUGUGUGUGUGUGUGAGUGAGUGUAAGGGCCAAUUUUAGAGGGACGGAAGAGUGUGUGUGUGUGUGUGUGUGUGUGUGUAAGAGAGCAAUUUGGACUUGCGAGUUUGAGAGAGUGUGUGUGUUUUAACCUUUUACCUUUUUAUACAGUAGACACUAUAUUACACUAAUGUUUCUUUACUACUACAUCGCCUUUAAAACACACACACACACACACAGAGAGUAUGUUUUUUUAUUUUAUUUUAGUUUUAGUUUUAAUGUGUUUUAAGGUUUGACUCUAAGCUGUGCUACUCUACCUCUGAUUGGAACCACGUCCUUACCCUGUGAGUGUGAGUGUGUGUGCAUGCGUGUGUGUGUGUGUGUGCAUGCGUCCAGGAAUGGUUUUAUCUUAACAUUCUAUAAAUGAACAGUUCUGUGAGUUUGUGUGUGUGCGUGCAUCAGUGUGUCCAACCCACAUAAACCUCAUUGUGCUCAGUCAUGUUAACGUGUGUGUGUCUGUGUCUCUGUCUGUGUGUGUGUGUGUGUGUGAGUGAGUGAGUGAUAUGCACAUCUUCAUGUGUGUCUGAAAAUGGUCUGUGUUAUCUUAACAGUUCUGUUUGUUUGAGAUGGAGAAAGAGUGCGAGUGUGUGUGUGUGUGUUGGGGCGUGGGUGCCGAGGCAAGUGUACUGCACAGAGCCAGUGCUGUCUGAGAGAAGUGUGUGUAACGCUUGUAAUGACGACAGUGCUGUCUGAGAGAAGUGUGUGUAGCGCUUGUAAUGACGACAGGCGGCCAAGUGGACAAGAUGCUUCUUUUGUAACUGUAACUCUCUUUUUUUUACACACACACACAUUAAAGAGAAAAUCUGGUCCAACUUAA